GGCAAGAAGGAGAAGAAGGGGAAGGGGGCCGAGAAGACGGCCGCGAAGAUGGAGAAGAAGGUGUCUCGCCGAUCCAAGAAGGAGGAGGAGGAUCUUGAAGCCCUGAUAGCAGAAUUCCAAAAUUUGGAUGCUAAAAAGACCCAAGUAAUUGAGUCAUCCUGCCCCCCUCCCUCACCCAGGCUGAAUGGUUCCCUCUCUGCUCACCCUGAGAAAGACGAGUUGAUCCUUUUUGGAGGUGAAUAUUUCAAUGGCCAAAAAACAUACCUGUACAACGACCUGUAUGUGUACAGCAUCAGGAAGAACAGCUGGUCUAAAGUGGAGAUCCCCAACCCACCACCCAGGCGAUGUGCUCACCAGGCAGUGGUGGUGCCCACAGCUGGCGGGCAGCUCUGGAUAUUUGGUGGGGAGUUUGCAUCCCCCAACGGGGAGCAGUUCUACCAUUACAAGGAUCUCUGGGUCCUGCACUUGGCUACCAAGACCUGGGAACAGAUCAA